CUUCCCCCGCCUCAUCCUUCUCUUCUCUCUCAUUCUCCUCUCAACUCUCCCACAAACCAAACGCCCUCAUUUUCCCAGUCACCAAGUCCCGCCCCUCUUACAUUCCGCCGCCGUCUCCUCGCCGUCCGAGCCCUUCAAGGACCUGGUGAAGACCAGACUCCCCGGCGGGUUCGUCGCGCAACCCAAUAUCGGCACCGGCCGCCAGAAGUGCUCCAUCGCCCGUGUCGUCCUCCAGGAAGGCACCGGCCAAGUCAUAAUCAACUACCACGACGCCAAUUGACUAUCUCCUGGGGAAUCGCUAUGGAUUCAGUACGUGAAAUUCCCGUUGGUGACAUUGGGCUACGAGGGCAGCUACGACGUGUUCGUGAAAGCUCACGGCGACGGGCUGUCCGGCCAGGCACAGGCGAUCUCGUUGGGAAAUGCUCGUGCGCUGCUGAAGGUCAGCGCCAACCACAAGUCGCCCCUGAAGUCGGAAGGGCUUCUGACGAGGGACUCGAGGACUGUCGAGAGGAAGAAGCCUGUUCUUAA